CAUUCCCCAGCUCGCAGACCUGCUCCGUACUUAAGCGGGCUGAUGCAACGACUCCUGUUAGUCCCAAACCCCACAUCCUCGUCCAUCUCCCGCCCGCACGCUGCCCACCUCUUUACUGCCGGAGGAUUUUUGGGCGCACGGCAGCGUCCAAACACUGCUGCAUCAUUGACAGAAGACGCCUGUCAAGUUUCCUCUAACGGUGGUGGUGGCCGGGUCGGACAUGAUGCCUGGACAGAUACCUGACCCUUCGCUGGCGGCGGGUUCCCUGCCCAGCUUGGGCCCACUGGCGGGCAUCUCGGCCACCACGCUCACUGACCAACUGAAGCUGGCCGACUUCCGCCAGCUGGGCUCCAUGCUGUCGCCGCUGCACUUCCUGGGGAGGCUUGGAAAGAGACCGCUGUCCAUCAAGACGGAGAUGGAUGAAGACGAAGAAAGGAGGAAAAGGAGAAGAGAGAAAAACAAAGUGGCGGCAGCAAGAUGCCGAAACAAGAAGAAGGAGCGCACAGACUUUCUCCAAAGGGAAUCGGAGCGUCUGGAGAUGGUGAACUCGGAGCUGAAGGCUCAGAUCGAGGAGCUCCGCCUUGAGAGGCAGCAGCUCAUGGUGAUGCUCAACCUGCACCGGCCCACCUGCAUCGUGAGGACCGACAGCGUCAAAACACCAGAGAACGAGGGCAACCCUCUUUUGGAGCAGCUUUCCUCGGAAAACAAAUGAAACUAGGAUUUGGUUUUCCCGGAUCGCCGAACUUUCUCCAUGCUGGCAGCCAUUUAAAUGAACACAAAGCUGGCAAACACAUUUCUAAGUAAGCACUUGAGCUCCGAGCUGGAGACCUUUGGAGACUCCGCCCCGAGAUGGGGGCUUCCUCAGUACUGCUACAGGAGCUGGCUCUGGCUAGUGGAAGAGUGGAGACAUCUCUGCGUCCCGCGUCGCUGCUGAAACCCGCCGUGCCUCCUGACUUCAGCCAGCUCUACGACAGGGACCAACACAGACAGUAGAGCGGGAGUGACGCGGAGAAAACCCCAAUAUCCACAUGGUGCUCUGUUACAAAAGCCCUGAGUAGAUAGCGUGGCAUUGGUCUGCAGUUUUCUUUGUACGCUAGCAUACAGAUGUAGAGUUCCUAAAGGGUAGAAUACUCAAAGCCGAGUAUGUUUUUUUUUUUUUUUAAUGAUUUCUAAACUCUGCCUCGACUAUGGCAGGUCCGGUUGAUCCGACUCGUGGUGACGCUGGCGUCAUGAAAAAGCACAUAUACACAAAAAAUGUUUACACCCUUGUUGACUGUCCAUUAUUGUACUUGUUUUAUACUGCUUUGUAUACAUAAAAAAACGUAUAUGAAAUGCUUGUCAAUCACUUGAUGUGAUUUUUCUCUUCAGUUAUUACGGUCUUGUCGUGUCACGCUGUCAAACAGCUGCCAGAACAAGCACAUCUUUCUCCAGCUGAGCAGUAUUGGACCUGUAUCUGCUAAGUAUCUCUGUUAUCACUAGAUUAAAAUCUAUUUUCUAACUACUAUACUGAGCACGAUUUCUUUCAUUCUUAAAAUGAAAAAAAGGUUCCAUGGAAUAGACCUCACCUCCUGUUGAUACGGGAUCAUCAAAGCACAAACAAAAGCAACUCCCCGUAGUUAUGUUGGGUUCUAUUGUGGUUAGAAUGUAAACUCUAAGGUCCAAAAAUACACCUACAAGAUGACGCAGUGUUUUGAAGUGACGUCAGUAAAACCAGCCGGACAAGUUCAGAGCACAAGUGGAAUGUAAACAAGGGAAUUGUUGUCAGUUGUUGCUGCACCAAAUAAACAAGAGAGAAGUUUAAUCAUGGGAAAUAAAUGUUUAUUUGCUUCUGGUUUUGGAGCGAGAGCUACUGCAGGCCGUGGGCCGCUGGCCCCUCCCCCAAGGCUAGGAACCUCUUCAGCUUGUAUUCAAAGUCAAUCGGCCGUUCGUUGGUGAGUUUAUAGCCAGGCUUCAUGGCGGAGCUCAGGUAGGGGAUCAGCUCACACGUCUCCUCAAACACGG